AUCGUUUACUCUUCUGAAACUAAAUUCUCUAUCUCUAUCUCUCGAUCAUGGCGGGUGAGAAGGAGCUCAAGAAGCAGAGAUUCGAUAACGACGCCGCUGCAUCGCUCAUGAAAGAACUUAGAACCACCUACGCAUCCGGCAAGACAAAGAGCUAUGAAUGGAGAGUAGCGCAGCUGAAGGGCAUCGCCAUGCUAGUUUCUGAAAAGGAGAACGAAAUCGUCGAAGCUCUCUAUACGGACCUUUCGAAGCCGGAAACUGAAGCACAUGUCACCGAGAUUUCAAUGGCAAAGUCUGCAUGUAAUCAUGCGCUGAAGGACUUAAAACAAUGGAUGAAGCCAGAAAAGGUCAAGGGUUCAAUUUUAACGUUCCCAUCAUCUGCAGAAAUUGUGUCGGAACCACUUGGCGUCGUAUUGGUUAUUGCACCUUGGAACUAUCCUUUCUUGUUAGCUAUUGAUCCAGUCAUAGGUGCUAUUGCGGCUGGCAAUGCUGUGGUCUUAAAACCAUCAGAAGUUUCUCCAGCAACAUCCUCAUUUUUCGCGAAGUACUUAGAAGAGUAUGUAGACAGAUCUGCCGUUAGAGUUGUUGAGGGGAAUGUUGAUGAAACAACUGCCUUGCUGGAGCAGAACUGGGAUAAAAUUUUCUAUACAGGUAAUGGAAAGGUGGGACGUAUUAUUAUGGCUGCUGCUGCAAAGCACCUCACACCUGUGGUUUUGGAGCUUGGAGGAAAAUCUCCUCUAAUUGUUGAUUCAAAUGUCAACUUGGAGGUUGCGGCUAGAAGGAUAGUUGCUGGAAAGUGGGGAAGCAAUAGUGGACAAACCUGCGUGUCUCCAGAUUACAUUAUAACCACAAAAGCUUUUGCUCCUACAUUGAUCGAUGCUAUGAAGAAUACAUUGGAACAAUUUUUUGGGAAGGAUCCGAAGGAAUCAAAAGAUAUGUCCCGCAUUGUGAACUCCAACCAUUUUGCACGCUUGACACAGCUCUUGGACGAGGAUAAGGUUUCAAGUAAGAUAAUCCAUGGAGGUCAACGGGAUGAGAAACGAUUAUAUAUUUCCCCCACCAUCUUAUUGGAUGCUCCAGAAGACUCUAAGAUCAUGAAUGAAGAAAUUUUCGGGCCCUUACUUCCCAUUGUCACGGUUGACAAGGUGGAAAAUAGCUUUGAUGUAAUUAACUCAAAGCCAAAGCCUCUCGCUGCAUAUCUCUUCAGCAAUAAUAAAAAGCUUGAGGAAGAAUUUGUGAGUACAAUCUCUGCAGGAGGGAUGCUCAUCAAUGACACGAUUGUCCAUCUUGCAAAUCCCUCUUUACCUUUUGGAGGAGUCGGAGAAAGUGGUACCGGUUCUUACCAUGGAAAGUUCUCAUUUGAAGCUUUUAGCCACAAGAAGGCAGUUCUGCACCGAGGUUUUGGUGGUGAUGCACCCAUGAGAUAUCCUCCAUACACCCCUGCAAAACAAAGAUUGCUCAAGGCUCUACUUGAGGGCAGUAUAUUUGGUAUAAUUCGUGCUUUGAUUGGAUGGCCUAGGGUUUGAGUGAUUGUGUAACUUUGCUUCAUUUUUUUGUAUUACUCUAGUUUUUACCAACUCGAUUGUAAGUUAUGUUAAUUUAUUCCAAUAUAAAUGAAGAAUGAUGUUUAUUGUUUGCAAAA